AUGAGCCGGGGGCGGAAGCCGCAAAGCUGGGAAAUCGAGCUCCGUGGCGAGGGAGGGCGGCUCCGGAGUCUCCUCGCCAUCACGCCCCCCUGCUCCGCCCGUCGAUGGGCAGGCCGAGGGCUGAAUCUUCGAAGCCGGAGGAUCGAGUUCCGCUGCUGCGCACGCCAGGAGCAGGCUGGAUUGCCGAAGGCCAAGAAGACGUUCUUGAGCAAGAUAAUCAGCUUCAGCAAGAACAAGGAGCAAGUUCUUGAUAGGCAAGACACAAAUGAGGAAGAAUGCCUCCUUGCAGCUAUUGAAGAGGUGGCUGACGAGGAACAUGCAUGUUUCUCUGAAUUUUCUAGUAGCCACAAAGCAUUUAAGGAGUUGAUAAAGAAAGUAAAGAGCUGGAAGAAAAAAUGCAGAUUGAUCCCCGUAUUAACUGAGAGAUACCUUAAGCGGAAACUUCUCAAGUUCUUCAGCACUUACGAUCGAACAGAAGACAGCGAGAAAACACUUCUCAACUUAUCCUUCAAAGUCAUCAACCUAUCUUUCCUUCAGUUCAUCCCAAUUAAUGUUUCUGACACAUUUUUGGUGGUUAGUUCUUGUUUUCCUCAGGUUAGUAGCAGCUAUCUGGUUAUGCUCGCACAUGGCGGACUAUGAAGAGGUUAUACCUGGACUUGGAGAAAAUGACAGUGUGACAGAUGUGAGUAUCAGCAUAUCUUCCUUCACAUCAUGUCAUCCUGAAUUUCCGAUCCAUUAGUUUCAACGUGCUGAUUCAGUAGUAGACUGGCUUCUUUCGACACUUUUCAAGAACAUCAACAUUUGUCAUGAAAAUUUGUGCCCUUUUGCUUA